CAACCAUUCUCUAUUCUCCAUUCUGUAUAAAUUCAACACUCUCCUACACUUUUCUUCAACCAUUCACUGCACAACUCAUUGUGCCAUUCGUUGCCUUAUUGCAGAUAAGACCAACCAUUCUUCCUUCAGACGGCAGACGACAGUACAGAGUCGACGGAAGACGGCGGCGCAUGGUGGACGACAACACAAAGUAGAGUCAACAACAGCUCUUGACGGCAGCGGUGGUACAGGCGGCGAAGAAGAAUCAAGGUAUUGCACUUUUGAUUGAUACUCCACGGGAUAAAAACAUAACGGUUCCCUCCUCCAACUAUCGUGUAUCAACCACCGCUGACCUCCGCUCCAAGGCGGCAUUCGUCUCUAAAGGGAUCUCAAGAGUCUGCCCACUUCAUUCACUCGCCCCCCCCUCUCCGCCAAUUCCACCAAUUCUCCCGAAUUCAGGUAUGGUGGGUUUAUCUCUCGGAGAAAAACAUUUCAUACAAGGUGGCAUUGCUCAUGAUCUUCGAUGUGAUGGUAGAAAGAGAUUGACAUAUCGACCAAUCUUGGUUGAAACUGGAGUGAUUCCCCAGGCAAAUGGUUCAGCUCGAGUCAGAAUGGGUGCCACAGAUGUCAUUGCCAGUAUUAAGGCUGAACUUGGAAAGCCAAGCUUGUUGCAACCUGACAAAGGAAAAGUCUCUAUAUAUAUUGAUUGCAGUUCGACUGCAGAGCCAGCCUUUGAGGGUAGAGGGGGUGAUGAAUUGGCAGCAGAGCUGUCAAAUGCUCUUCAAGACUGUCUCUUGGGUGGUAAAAGUGGAGCAGGUGCUGGAGUUGACCUUUCAUCACUUAUUGUGGUUGAAGGAAAAAUUUGUUGGGAUCUUUACAUUGAUGGGCUUGUUGUUAGUUCAGAUGGAAAUUUGUUGGAUGCUCUAGGCGCUGCCAUUAAGGCUGCUUUGUGCAAUACAGGUAUUCCAAGAGUCCAAGUUGCUGCUGGAGCAUCCAACGAUGAGCAACCAGAAGUUGAUGUAAGCGACGAGGAGUUUCUGCAGUUUGACACAUCUGGAGUCCCUGUUAUAGUUACACUAACUAAGAUUGGGAGGCACUAUAUUGUGGAUGCAACGUCAGAAGAGGAAUCACAAAUGAACUCUGCCGUUUCCAUCUCUGUUAAUAGGCAAGGGCACAUCUGUGGCAUAACCAAACGAGGAGGUGUAGGGCUGGAUCCAAGCAUCAUUCUUGAUAUGAUAUCUGUUGCCAAGCAUGUAAGCGAGCAAUUAAUGAACAAAUUGGAUUCAGAAAUUGCUUCUGCUGAAGCUGAAGACGAGUCAUGACACAGGAGAGCAUGGUGAUAACUAGGUGUACCCUAUCAUUCAAUUAUUUAGGACAACAUGUUGUAACUUGGUAACUGAGUCGGGAUUUAAUCUAUUAAGUGUAUGAUGGAAAUUGGUUUGCCUGCCUAGCUAUGGCUUUGAGAUGACUGUUUAAUGCCAUACAAACUUUCAACUUGCACAACAAUUGCAUGGUAGCAUUAAAGAUUGA